AAAGUCAACAGUAUUUAUGGAAUAUCAAUAAUUGCAAUUUCGACAGCACAUUUAAAUCACAGUAGCAUGAAUACGAACAAGCACGGAUGCAUGUUAGAAAUGAUCAACUGUCCCUAUUUCAUAUAAAUGCAUUUAAAUCUAAUUAGGCGUUAAAUAUUAAUUGUGUAAAAUUGUCAUUUUAAAAACAUUCAGCUGUCGUAAAGUAUCGGUAUUUUUUUUUUCAUUUCAAGAGAUUUAUAUCAGAAACUAUGAGAGGAAACAUAGUAAUACUACCGUUUGUUGGAGCUUGUGCGAUAAUUUAUUGUUUUAUUACCUACAAUACGGAUUCCGUGAGGAGUUGCAAUGAAGACUGGACGGAACUUAACGUGAAUGACGAAAGUGCUCUGAGAAAAGUUGUUGAAGUGUGUUUAGAAAAUAAAGAAGGUUCUUACACAUCAAAUUGCCAAAUACCGCUUAGAUAUUUAAGUGUCGCUAAACCACUGGUUGCUCUUGCCAGUUUUCCAGGCUCAGGAAACACGUGGACACGGACAUUACUUGAAACCGCAACAGGAAUUCUUACUGGAAGUUUGUACUCUGAUAGAGGUGCUUUCGACGGUUCAAAAAUGUGUCCAGCACGAGGGAAAAUAUUCGUAGUAAAAACUCACGGACGUGAUUAUGUGGGUAGAAAAACGGACUGCAUGAGGUUAAACAUAACCCGAAUUAACUAUUCGAAGGCUAUCUAUAUCAUUCGAAAUCCAUACAAUGCUCUUCUUGCUGAUUUCAAUCGGGUAAUUCAGACGAGGAAACAUGUAGUAAAUCCUCAAAUAGAUCUGGCGCCCAAAGAAAUGUUCAAUACUAAUGUGUGGAGAACGUUUGUUCGGUCAUCUGCAGUACGCUGGAAGGAUAUGACAAUUUACUGGUUGCGAAGAAGAGACAUUCAGGUGUAUAUUUUGGUGUAUGAAAAAUUAGUGGAAAAUGUUUUUCUUGAAAUGAUAAAAUUGGCCAACUUUUUAAAUUAUGAAAUACUAUAUACAAACGCACAAUGCCUCUCAAGUAAUAUUACUAAAACAUUCAAACGAAUUAAGCCAAAAUGGCUUUCAAAGGAAAGGCUGUUCAAUGACAAAAUGAAAAAACAAUUAAAUACGAUGAUACAGAUUGUGAAGACAACGGUACUCAAAAAAUAUAAUAUUUCAGACACUCUAGAUAGUUAUAUUUUACCAUUAAGCAAAUAAUAAAUGUUAAAAAUGCAUGA